CUAAGAUACCAUGCGCAAAAAAUGCUUCCACACAUUGGACAUUGAAAUGGAGGCCCCGUAGAACUGGAGGCGUGUCUUCCUCUCCUUUAGCCGUCUUCUCAUAGGUUCAAGUGGUCGAGUGUCACGAAAUAUCCCGGGGUCGGAUGAGCCACAUUGUUUGGUGAUUGUGCAUCGAAUUGUACUAACAUCAAACCCGUAAUGAUUUUAAAAAAAUAAUGAAUAGUGUUCCAAUGAGCUUUAACUUGGAUUGAAAGUUUGGGAAUAUCUUAUGUGCGCAUUGCGCAACGGGAAGGUGCAUCUUACAAAGGAAAAGGACAGCAGCAGGAAGCCGAGCACGACGUGUAUGUUUAAGGACAAAACGGUGAUUGGAAUUUGCUUUUGGAAUGUGUACUGGCAUAUUAGGUUAAGCACAAACCUCACCCUGCAGCCAAUUGUAUUGGUCAACUCAAUCACAGUGUUGGAGCAGGGUUGAAAAUGAAGUCUGCAGGAGGGUAUCCCUUCAGGAGCGGGGUUGGCUACCCUUGGUCUAGACAUGUCAUCUCAUGUCUUUGGGCAAAUCAGCUAUAAGGUUCCUACUGAUAUGUAGUGGAUAAGUGCGAGUUUGAGAGCUAGCCUUUGGAGGAGAACGUGAGGAUGGCUCAAAAAUGGAAUGCAUUCCAGCAAGCACAGAUUCUUUCUAACCAGAGACCAGAAAUGUCUGUGGGAACUAUGGAAUGUAAUGGAAUUCCAGUGGAAUCAGAGGAGAACUUUGCACAUGAGAUAGAACAAUUAAUUGAGAAGGAGAACUUUUCAAGCAUGAUGGAUUUGCAAGACAUUGCAGAAUCGGACAUGAAAGACUUUGAGUCUGGUUCUCUGCAGGACUCCUGCUGUGAAUCAUCUUGGCAAGAUGUAAUACAUUCAGAUGACCUUGAACAAGAAAAGUCAGGGGAUAAAGGAGAAUAUAAUGGUAACAUGACACCCUUUCCGUUGCCUAACUCAGUAGAAGUUGAGUCCACAUCGGAAGCACAUUCUGACGACGCCGUAUUAGAAACUGCUUUUGAGACAGAUGCCGGUCUUGUUGAGUAUUCCGAUAUUAGCAGCUGUUCUGACAUGGAAGCAAAUCUUGAUUGCAAUUUGAGUUCAUCCAUUGAAGUUAACAUUAGUAGCAACCAGGCUGUUCUGUCUUUAGAGGAAGGAGACCAAAAUUCAAGUAAUGCAAUGGACUUUUCUUCUGCUGAGGUCUGCCAUAGUACUGUGAAAGCAGAUAUGAGUGAAAUAAAUCUACAGCAUGACACUGGACCUCCAGUGACCAUGGGUGAGAGCAAAGGUGAUGUAAACCAUACUUGUAGUGAGGACUCGCUUAUCUCAAAUUCUGAGGAUCCGUGUACAGAAGUACAAGGCGUGGAUAAUAUGAAUGGUGUAAUGCUUUUUUCAAAAGAUGGGCACAUUGAGGAAAGGGACAUUCUUUCUUGUGAUUUGGAUUGUUUUUUGGAUCAAACAACAAUGCAUUGCAAAGAACUUGAUACCUCUCACGGUGGUUCCACUUCAAAUCAUGCAAAUAUUGAGACUUCCUCCACUUUUAAUGAAGAUGAAAACAAUUGCCUAACCAUAGAUUCACUAAGUGUUUGCCAAUCGCAAAGGACAACCCCAGAUGCUGAAAAUGCAUCAUCAAAACCUGAACUUGAAGAUACAUUUGUCAUUUCUGGCAUUAGAAAAGAUCCAAGUUGUGACUACCAAUUGGACAGAAUGAACCCAGAUCCGGAAAAUACACUUCCAAAACCUGAAUUUCAAGAGACGACUGGGAUAUCUGGCCAUGGAAAGGAUUCACUUGGUGGCUGUCAAUUAGAAAGCGACCAACCAUAUCCUAAAAAAACAUCCUCAAAACCUGGCCAUGGAGAUUCUUCUCAGCUGGAAGGACAGAAGUGCUUCACAUCAGAUGAACAAGUUGAGCGGAGUAGUUUUGGAUUCCUUGAGUCUUGUUUUGGUUUAAAAAGUGAAACACAGAACAUUGAGGAACUGAAACACCUGGAAAAUGCACAUGCAAACCAAGUCGAUGAGUGCAAUCUGUGUAAUCGCACAGAACCGCCAGUUCUUCUAAAAACUGCUUUUGAAUCUAAUAAUCAGAUGGAUGAGGAAACUGAUGCACCAAAAGAUCCACUACUACUCUGUGUUGACCAGACAUCCAGAAUCUCCUUAUAUCCUGCACAGCACAAAUGUCUGACUGACAAUAGCACCAUUGCAAGCAAAGAUUCUUUAUCAUAUUUCAAGACCCAAAAGAGAAAACUGCAACCUGUUGUUCUCCUUAAGACAACUGAGAAAAAAACUUGUAAUGGAAAAAACUACCAUUGCUUUGAGUGCCAGGGGUCAACACAAAGUAUAGAUGAGCUUAUCGAGCACUACCACAGCACACAUUCUCUCCAUAAUCUCAGUAUAUCUCAGUAUUGUCCCCCUUGUGAAUGUCACUUCACUGGUGACGCAUUGACACAACACUUCUGUGGGGAAGUCAAGCUUAAUGACAAGUUAAAAUCAUCACCAUCAUAUACUAAAGAGCUAACCGAGGAGAAGGCAAAGUUCAUUUGUAGGUACUGUAGGAAGUCCUUUGUUCGACAAGCUUAUUAUGAAGAUCAUGAGCUGAAGCACAUAGUUGUCACACAACAUAGAUGUGACUGUUGUGGACUGUACUUUCCUAGUGCUCACAAAUGUCAAAAACACAAGCGUAAAGCAGCUUGCACACCCUUGAUACUAGACCCUUCUGUACAGAGUGCAGACCAUUCAAAAUCGACCCUCGGAAAGACAGAUAUACCAGACAUGGUUGAAACAGCUGUCUCCCACAAAGAACUUCGUGAUUGCUACGUGAAACUAAUGGAUGUGUACAAGACAAGCCAAUCGCCUGAACAAAUGCAUUGUCAAGUUUGUUGGAAGACUUUCAGGCUUAGAGCACAACUAAAAGCACACCUUAGAUCACACUCAGAUGAGAAGCCCUUCAAGUGUGACAACUGCGGAAAAGCAUUCAAAUAUACCUGGAAUCUUAACAAACACAAAAGAGAGCAGUGUUCUCAAAAGAUUGUCCCUCAUGAAAAAUCUUCAGUUCCAGAUAGCAAGUUUCCAAAGUUUAAAUGCCCCAUCUGUUCUCGCAUUUUCAAGUACUCCUACAAUCGGACACGCCAUUUGCGUGAACAGUGUAUCAAAGAAUACACGAAAAAAGGCAAAGGAAAGAUUGGUGCAAAGUAUCGAUGCCCUUUGUGUAAGGAUGUGUUUACCAUGGCCAGCAACCGCAAUAGACACAUCAAGCAAACUUGUGUUAAGCUUAAACUGUAUACAGCCAAAGGAAACGUAAAGAAAAGAAAAGAGUUAGAGCAAGUUAUCAAUACCAAAAAUGAGGACAAAGAGUCACCAUUGACUAUGCCUGUACAAAAAGCAUCGCAGUACAAAUGCAAUUUUUGUCCAUCUGUGUAUUCUAGCAAGUCUGGAUACUACGGCCAUCUUGCAAAGCAUAAAUUGCUUUUAAAUGCCAAAAAGGCAAUCAAACACAAACAUGGUAAUGGUGUCGAUUUGAAAAGUUCAAGCCCUGCCAGUCAAAAGCCAACUAGCAAAGAAUCUGCUGAUAAGGAUGCAAGCCCUCCUUUCUCUUGUCGCUUCUGUGGAAAAGCCUUUACUUUACCUGACUCGUUAAAAAAGCACUUACGACUUCAUAAAGGAAACAAACCUUUUCGCUGUUUAGACUGUGGUAAAAAUUUUGCCAGGCAUGGACACCUAAUGACUCACAAAAAUGUGCAUAAGCGGAAUGUACAGUGUUUAGUCUGUUGGGAAGUUCUGCCAUCUAUUGGAGAUUUGUUAAAACACAGACAGUCCCAUCCAAAAAAAGGCAUGCUUAAGUGCCCUGAUUGCCCGUUGCAGUUUCAGUUUCCAGUUUUUCUGCUUCGACAUGUGGCUGUGCAUGAGAGAAGACGUAAGCUUAAGGAAAUUUUCCCUCCCAAGGACCAAGCUAGAACUCUAAAGGUAGAAAAAAAUUACAAAGAGGAGUUCAAAUGUGCUCUCUGCCAAGAAGCCUUUCCUGACUCAAAGGCACUUAGUGAGCAUUGUUUAACUCAUAUGCCUGGACCUUCUGCAUCCAAAUGUCAGUUCUGCAAACGCCAUUUCUCGAGUCGUGCUGGGCUGAUUCGUCACAUCCGCAUUCACACUGGUGAAAAGCCUUUUCCGUGUCUAACUUGUGGCAGACACUUCAACAGAAAGGAAUAUCUAAAAAUACAUCAGGAAAAAUGUACAGUGGAGCAGUCAGUACAGACGCCAAAUGCUGAAGAAAUACAGGCAGAAAAUAGUGUAGACACUGCACUAAGCAAGACCAACAAACUCUAUAAUUGCUCAUACUGCCCACAUUCUUUUCGUUUUCCCAACAAUUUGAAACUUCAUGAAAGAGCCCACUUGGCAAAGACUGUUUUCCCUUGUUCAAAGUGUGGGAAGUUUUACAGGAAAAGAAAAUUUAAGGAUCACGACGCAAUCUGCAAUGGAGACAAGUUAAAACCUGCUUGCAGAAAAUGUGGGAGAACUUUUACUAGAAAAAACUACAGAAAUGGUCACGAAAAGCAGUGCAAGGGCAAGCUAUCAACUGAAAUCAAAACGAGUACAAAGGAGAAGGGCAGGUUUGAGCAGCAAUGUCCACAAUGCUUUAAAUGUUUUAGAACAAGAAGUUUUCUCCAGAAACAUCUCUCUCUUCAUUCAAAGGAAACCCCAUAUGCGUGCAUACAUUGUGGACAGAAUUUUGACAAUCAGGAUCGAUACUUGCAACACGAGGCUUUUUGUGGUGGUUUAUCUAAGGAACGUAGAUUUGAAAGUUUAAAAGGAUCUAAGAAAAUUAAAUCAAUGUUUGCUGAAGUAAAAAAUCAGAAAGACGUCACUGCGGUUCCUGGGGAAAAUGGUGAGGCAUUGAAGUGCAAAUUUUGCACUAAAUCAUUUUUGAGAGCCAGAAAUCUAAGACAUCACAUCCUCACUCAUACAGAGGUCAAGCCUUAUCGGUGCAAGACUUGUGAAAGUUGUUUCUCACGCUAUGAUCAUUUAAAACUGCACCAAGCCCGCUGCAGAGGAAAACGACGACUUGAGGUGCGAGUUGUAAAGAUGAGUCUCGACAGCUUGAACACAAGUUCCCAAAGCAAAACACAGGAAGGUGACCCAUUGCAAUGCACAGUUUGCUAUAAGCAGUUGUCCACCCAGAGUGAUCUGAAGCGCCAUAUGGCCAUGCUCCACAUUACCGAUAAACCUUUUCCUUGCAAAAGAUGUGGCAAAACAUACAGUUCUAAAAAGACUUUGAGCAGGCACAACCUCACCAUCAGAUGCAAAAAGAUUUCAAAGGAAAGUGUGCCAUCUGCCACAAACAAUGUUCAAAAGCAGCCAUGCAGGGAAACUUCCAAACUUCUGCAACGUAUACAAGUGCAUUACAUGAAUAAAUUUAAAUACCAAUGCGAGUAUUGCCCUCGACGCUUUAAAUUAUCAGGACAACUGAAGGUUCAUUUACGUCUUCAUACAGGAGAAAAACCAUAUGGCUGCGCUAACUGUGGAGAGCAUUUCAUCAGAACAGACUAUUUGAAACGGCACUUGGUUAAAUGCAACGGAAAGGGGGAAAUCCGAGAAAAAGUCCUUUGUGACAAGUGUGGUGACCUGUUUACCCGAGAUGCACUGUCUGUACACCAGAAGACCUGUGUUGUCAGCUCAAAAUCAUCUGGAUCUUCUCAUGAGGUAAACAAGAGCCCCACUAAGAUAAAAGGUUUUUCCUGUGCUAACUGUAGUGACCGUUUUUUAUUGUUCUCACAGCUCCAGCAGCAUUUUUUAGCAAAGCAUAGAUCUGAUCAGCCACAAGAGUCAGUUAAUGAUCAACAGCAAUUGAUAUCAAAUCACCUGCCAAUCAUAAAGCAAGAGCCACUUGAUGAGGAGUAUGGGCAGAACCAAGAAAGCAGCAGUCAGAUAAGGGAGCAACGUGCAUGUUCAAACAGAGACCUUAGCAAGCCUCUUAAAUGCCCUCAGUGCAACAUGCGGUUUUCCAGGAGCACUGGACUAGGUAUGCAUAUGCGCAUACAUAAUGGUGUAUACCCCCUUUCUUGUACAAAAUGCCAUGUCGGUUUUUGGACCAAAAGGAGAAUGGAGAAACACAGAAGAAAAUGUAAGGGUCACACAAUUAUGUCAAAUAAUGAAUCUGCCCUGGAAAGUGCAGGCGAAUUAGAUUGUGCUCUAAAUGACACUGUGUUAAUAUUUAACAAGGGCUCAAAUACAACAGGAACCGGAGUACUGCAGACUAAGUUCUCAUGUAAAGAUCAAGACCAGGAAAAUGAUGCAGAAAAAGGAGAUGCUGUUCACAAGUAUCAGUGUUCUGAGUGUGAUCAGAGUUUUACAGAUGGGCUGAGACUCAUAAGUCAUUUAGAGGAGCAUGGCCGUGAAGACCAAGAGCGCAAAUCAGAUAUCCACAGAUGUCAUGUGUGCAGUAAAGUCUUUGCUCAAGCUGGUAUAUUGCAAAGGCAUAUGAAAAUCCAACAUCAGACAAAAAUGGAUAAUACUUGUGAAAUUUGCUUCAAGAGGUUUCGUUUUCCUUCUGACCUGGACAUCCAUAGAUCUUGUCAUGACCCCAGUCGUCCCUUUGUCUGUAACCAUUGUGAGAUGCGGUUUUGGACUGCUAAAUCCCUGACCAUUCACCAAAGGAUGGCUCAUUGGCAUGCACACCUGCCCAGCUCAAAAGUCCCUGGUGUGAAAAAAGGAACCGAGCACCCUGAAGUAUAUAGGUGUGAACCAUGUGACAAAACCUAUAUGGUAAAAAAGUCAUACACGAAGCACUGCAAAGUAAAACAUGGAUUGGAUUCAGUCAAAACCCUCGCUGAUGGAUUGAAGAAAUCAUCUGCCAGUGUAAAACAUGGAUUGGAUUCAGUCAAAACCCUCGCUGAUGGAUUGAAAACAUCAUCUGCCAGUGUAAGUCAGGAGUCAGAUAAGGAAGAGUCCGAAAGAAAUUUUGAAGAUGAAGAUGACAGCGACAAUGACUCGGAUUCAGCACCAUACUUUCCUUGCCAUGUUUGUGGUAAAACAUUCUUAACAUCAGAAAAUCUCGAGGAUCAUCAAAGAUGUCAUCUUGGCGAAAAGCCCUUUGAGUGUGAGGAAUGUGGGAAGUGCUUUUUUCAGCUAGCAAACUUGCAACAACAUCAGCGAUGCCACAAGUCUGAGUUUCAGUGUCAAAUGUGUGGUAAAGGUUUUGUCUCGCUCUUCACCCUGCGCAAACACAAGCAAACACAUAUCAGAAAGAGCGCUCACCGCUGUACCAAAUGUCACCUGAGCUUCACUCGCCCAACGGAACUAGCUGAGCACAUGGUUACCCACCGCGAUGAAAACUUUCCCUGUGACCUUUGUGAUGAAACCUUUUCCUGUAAAACAAGUCGGGCGGAGCAUCGUAAGAUGCACACAGAGCAUGAAGAAGAGCUUCCACCGUUGAUUCCACCCCAACAGCCUCAAACAAAGCAAGGGACUUCAGCCAUCUCCAGUAAAAGCCUUUCAUCAAGUAACAUUGAGCAGUACAAAUAUCGCUGUGGAAUUUGUCAAGUAAGAUUUCCAGAUCCAGAGCAGCUCUCAGAACAUGGCUGCAAUCCAGCAAAAGAGAGGCCAUACUCAUGUCCAGAAUGUAACAAGUAUUUCUUACAUGGUUCCCACCUAAAAAAGCAUCAGCUCAGCCAUCAGUUGUCAGGACCAUGUUCUUAUCAGUGCAAUCAUUGCAGCAUGAGCUUCACCCACCACCACCUUUUUCUCACCCAUUUGCGAAGCCACAGGAAUGAAAAGGCUUCCAAGGACAGUAACUUUCCUACCAGUGAAAAGACUAUACGAGUAGAAACAGUGAAGCGUGACAAAAUUUACCAGUGCCCCAUAUGUCCUGAGAGUUUUUACCAAGCAUUGGACCUCGCAAAUCACCUUUCUGUUCAUUCUCAUAUGUGCAGCGUUUGUAAUAUGACUUUCCCCUCUAAGAAAGAGCUUGACGAACAUGAACAAUGCCAUUUGACUGCUGCUACACAGUAUGAAUGCACCGAAUGCGGAGACCACUUUCUUGGAAGUGAUGCUUUCCGCAAACACCACUGUAGUAAUCGAAAUUUGACGUUUUUAGACAAGCGCCAUUCAGAGUCAUCUGUCUCUUCCUCUAAGAAGCAAAGUCCAGGGACUCAAUUUCAAGCAGGUGAUGAAGAAGAGGAGGUUGAUGUUGGAGAAGACUUCAUUAUUUGCCCUAUCUGUAAAAGACGGUUCUCCUCCAAUAGCAGUUUAAUGGAACACCAUAAAAAGCAUCAUGAGGAUCCGCGUCCUUUCAAGUGCUUGGUUUGUAAUAAAGGUUUUACGAAGAAACGGUACCUUACACAGCAUCAGCAGAUACACAAUGAACGGCCUUACAAGUGUGAUGUGUGCUCAGAAUCCUUUAAAACGGAACCAAGUCUCAUAUCUCACCGCAGAAUGCAUGAUGCAAAAAGGCAGCACAAGUGCCCAAUAUGCUACAGAACCUACCUUACAGCACACGAUCUGGCAAAACAUAAACGGAAACAUGCUGAACAUCAAAGUCGGAGUCAGGACAAUGAGUUCCGGUGUGAUAUGUGCUAUAAAUCCUUCGCAUUGUUUGAUCAGUUGCAAAAGCACCAGGAAACCCAUGUAGGACAAGUUGUCUAUGAAUGCACAGAAUGUGACAAAGCCUUUGCUUUUCUAAAUCUUUUGGAGGACCAUCAGCUGACUCAUGCUGCUGCUUCUGCAGAAUCUCUUCAGUCCCAAUCACCAAUACAUUUUCCCUUCCAAAGCCCAAUGCAUGAAUAAAGGUCGAAUUACUGAUGACUCCGUUUCCUGCAAUGCAGGUUAUUCAAACUCAUUCAGUUUUCUGAACAUUAUUUGUUAAGAUAAACUGUACAUAGAAUCCUUUGUUCUUUUUACUUAGCCUAACUGCUUUUAUCCACUUUGAAAUUGAGCGUGGGUGUUUUACCGUAGUUCUGAAUCGGUCUAUUAAUGUUCAUACAAUCCACUCUGUUCUACAGUUCUGUGAACUGCUGACUAAAUUCUCUUUGUACAGUACUCAGACUGAUGUGUGUAUAUUAAUAUGCAAUCUAGAUGAUGUAUGGAACUAUAGGUAUAUGCAUGCAUGAAUGAAGUAGUUAGAGAUGUUAAUGUCCCACAGUGCAGUUCACAAGGAUGUAUAGUUGAAAAUCCUGCAUCAUUCCUUGAUUGUUGAAGUAAUUUUUGACCUUGCUAAAUUUAUUAGGCAUAUGUGUUUUAAACAUCAUUGAAAGUUAGAGGAAAUUUGUAGAUUUAAUUGUUAAUAUUUCUUAGUAAUGUAAUUUUUUUUUUACUAUCCAUGUGUUUGUAAACAUUUAAGGUCAAGUUAAGGGUUCAUCACAUAGUCGUUAUAUAUGAUGUGAAUGCCUUGAGUUAAAAUGAUGUAUUUUAUGUUUCAUUAAAACCCAGCGUUAUCUUUUUGAGAAGAGUCUAACUUCAAUGGCUUUGCUCAAUAACAAAAAAGAAGAGAAAACAGGCUUGACAAAAAAUACUGUACCCUUUCUGUUUAAACUACAUUAGUGCUAACGUAUAUAUGACUAUAAAACCUGAUGUAUAGUUUUACUUUUGUAUUAUAUGGCAAUGUUGAGAAUUUCUUCAACUAGUAAACAUUUACAUCUA